UCUACUAUUGCAUGUUCAGUUGGUCGUCCUAGCGAGAUCAUUGAGAACCUGUGGUCGACACAUCAACACGGCAAUCAUCUGCUUAGCAAGUUUUUGCAAACAUCAACAUAAGCAGACUAGCAAGUUGACUGAAGUAAAACGAAACGAACUUUCAUUUCACCAGCAUGCCGCCAACAACAAGUCCUCCGGCGCCAGCUGUUCAACAGAACCCCAUUAAGCCGCCACCACCGGGAAGUCUUCCGAUGGGUCCACCGCCUGGAGUUCCUUACAACAUGCCGAUGACACCGCCGACUACCCCGGGCCAGCCGCCUCAUCAAGUGCCUUAUCAAGUUCCGUAUGGUCCCCCUCGUCCCCAAGGCCCUCCUGGUCAACCGCCUAUGAAUUAUCCUGCUCAAGGACCACCUCCACGAUACCCUGGCCCUCCAGGCCCUCCAGGCCCUCCAGGCCCUCCAAUGCAAAGACCUCCAGGACCACCUGGACCGCCAGGACAACCUGGUCAACCGCCGAUGCAAUAUCCUCCGAGAUAUCCAGGUCCGCCGGGACCGCCAGGCCAACCAGGCCAGCCUCCGAUGCAAAGGCCACCCUAUCAACAUCCUCCUUAUCCACCACCUGGACAACAACCGAUGCAACAGAGGCCUCCGGGACCACCUGGUCAAGCUCCAAUGUAUGCUCCUAGACCAGGUGGACCCCCACCACAAGGACAACCAGGAUACCCUCCUCAAGAUCCGCGAAUGCAAAUGUAUCCCUACGGAGCCCCACCGCCUCAACGUCCUCAAGGGCCACCACCACCACCUUCGGGUCCCCCAGUAAUUACUAUAACAGAAGCACCUAAAGUUGAAGAGAAGAAAGAUGAUGCGAAAAAGACCGAAGAGAAAAAAGCUGAGCCCAAAAAAACCGAAGAGAAAAAAGACGAUGCCAAAAAGACCGAAGAAAAAAAAGACGAUGCCAAAAAGACCGAAGAAAAAAAAGACGAUGCCAAAAAGACCGAAGAAAAAAAAGCUGAUGCGAAAAAGCCUGGUGAGAAAAAAACCGAAAGUGGAAAAGUUAGCGACAAAAAAGCUGACGAGAAAAGUGUUGGCAAAACUGUUGAGAAGAAAAGUGAUGAUAGGAAACCAACCGCAAAAAAAUCCGAGCCUGGAAAAUCUGAACCAGGUAAACCAGUCAGUGUUCACAAAGCUCCAUAUAAACCGAAAUCUCCUAUGAACCCUGUCGCGAAGCCAGAAAAGUCACAAUCAGGAAAAUACGGUUAUAAUCCAGUUGGUGGUCCACCGGCUUCACCAAAGAAAAGCAAGGUGUCAGCAAGCCAAACACAACCCAAAAAAGAAGAGCCCAAAACGACUGGCAAAUAUGGCUAUAAACCUGUUGGAGGUCCACCUCCCUCACCAAAAAGGUCAAGACCACAACCAGUUGUUCAGCCAGCGAAAAAGCAAGAAACUUCUACUGCUGGAAAAUAUGGUUACAAUCCAGUCGGUGGAACUCCGGCAUCACCUAAAAUCGUAAAAUCACCUUUAACUGAGAGAAAGCAUAACUAUGUCCCUCCAACUAGUCCAAUCUCCUUUAUACCGACAGCGAAACCUCCUGUUACGAGUGCUUCUGAAAAGCCGCGACAAUUUGGUUACAACCCCAUCGGCGGGCCUCCACUUUCUCCAAAAGCCACGCACAGUUCUUACACACCGGCUAAAGCUGAUAUUGUUAAAGCAACUGAUCCUAGAAAGUCAAGAUCCCAAGAACCAACUAGACCGCCCCCGAAAAAAGUGGUUCCACCACCAACGAGGCCUCCACCGAUCACAGACCCAAAGAGAGCCCCACCUCCAAGACCAAGCGGGCCAGCGCCAAAACAAAGUGCGCCAGCAUCAAAACAAGGUGUACCAGCUUCAAAACCAACUGCGCCAGCUUCAAGACAAAGUAUGCCACCACCAAAGAUUGAAGUUAUUGAGAAAAAACCUGAACCAAAGAAAAGUGAGCUGGAAGUUUCGAAAAAACCUGAACCGGCAGCAACAACCAAACCAACAGACAACCCAACCAAAGAAAAAAAGAAGAGAAGCCGGUGCCAAAACCUGCCGAAAAACCGGCGGAAAGGAGAAUGUCAAAAUCAGAUGAAGAGAAGAAAACUGAAGAUGUAAAGGCUGAUAAAAAAGAGGAAACUACUGGCAGGAAAGAC